UACCAGAUCACCUCUGGGAACCACAUGGGCGCCUUCCACGUGGAGCCCGAGGUCGGCGCCGUCUUCAUGGGCCGGCCGCUGGACUACGAGACGGAGCGGCGCUACGAGCUCCGCCUGGUGGCCUCCGACGGGAAGUGGGAGAACGAGACGCUGGUGACGGUGCAGGUGGGGAACCGCAACGACGAGGCGCCCGUCUUCAGCCGGACGGAGUACCGCGCCGCCGUGAGCGAGGAGCUCAGCCAGCUGCCCGUGGAGGUGCUGGAGGUGUCGGCUGUGGAUCCGGACCAAGAGGCCGACCAGACCGCCCUGCGCUACUCCCUCCAUGGCCAGGGCGCCGGCGGUGAGUUCACUAUUGACGAGCGCACUGGAAGAAUCUUCGCUCAGCGGCGGCUGGACCGCGAGGAGCGCCCGGCCUGGAGGUUCCUCGUCCUCGCCACGGACGAAGGAGGGUCGGGACUCACGGGGUUCGCCGACGUGCUGUUGGAGGUCACGGACGUCAACGACAACGCGCCCUUCUUCCCGUGCCCGGCGCUGGAGGCGGACGGGUGUUUUGUUGGCCGGGUGGCCGAGAACUCGCCCGCCGGCACAUCCGUCAUGGAGAUGCGCGCCGUGGACCUGGACAUCCCCAACGAGGGCGAGGACGCCGCACUGACCUACAGCAUCAUCAAGAACGUCCGCAACGAGAUCAACCUCGACCUGUUCUCCAUCAACGCCAGCACGGGCACCAUCCAGACGGUGCUGCGGUCGCUGGACAGGGAGGCGGAGGAGCGGUAUCUGGUCGUGGUGGAGGCUCGGGAUGCAGGCGGUCUGACGGGGACGGGGACGGCCACCAUCACGGUUUCAGACGUCAAUGAUCACCCACCAGUCUUCACCCAGAGGCUCUACAGCGCUCAGGUGACGGAGGACCUGGAGGUGAACAGCGAGGUCCUGGUAGUGUCCGCCACGGACGGAGACGAGGGAGAGAACGCUAUGGUGACCUUCAGCAUCGUUGGCGGCGACGAGGACCGGAAGUUCUUCGUGGAAACGGACAAGGUGAACCGUCGCGGCGUGAUGAAACUCAAGAAGAAGGUGGACUUCGAGAAGCCCCGCGAGAGGACUUUCAAUCUGACGCUGAAGGCCGAAGACGCCGAUUUCUUCAGCCUGGCCCACUGUCUCGUUCAGGUGGAGGACACCAACGACCACGCGCCUGUCUUUCUGCCGCAAUUCUAUGAGUCGGCGGCCGUGUCUGAGGACGUUCCCGUGGGGACAAUCGUUGCUCAGGUUACGGCUUCUGAUCUGGACUCGGGCCAGAACGGACGCUUUUCCUACAGCAUUUUGAAAGAGUCGGACCCCUACAGUCAGUUCCUGGUGGACCAGUCCGGUUGGGUGGUGGUGGCCAAUUCCCUUGACAGGGAGAAAACCUCGCAGCACCGGAUCGUGGUCCUCGCCACUGACGCCGGGGGCCCGCCCAUGACCGGCACAGCCGUCGUCAUGGUAACCGUACUGGACGUAAACGAUAACGGGCCGGAGUUUGAGGUCCCCUACGGGCCGGUGGUUUGGGAGAACGCGCCUGCGCCGCAGGCGGUCAGGAUGAACGAGACCUCCCUGCUCCUCCACGCCACCGACCAGGACGCCUCCGCCAACGGCGCGCCAAUCUCCAUACGGCUCCUCAUGCUCACCUCGGACGCCACCAACUUCAACCUGACGGACUUUCGGAACGGCAGCGCGGCCGUCACCGCCCUCCGGACCUUCGACCGCGAGCGGCAGAAGGAGUACCGCCUCCCGAUCCUCAUGAUUGACAGCGGCUCUCCUCCAAUGAGCUCCACCGGCACGCUAACGGUCGUCAUUGGCGAUAGGAACGACCACCCUCACUCGCCAGGACACACCAACUUCAUCGUCUACAGUUAUGAGGGUGUGUGUGGGAACUCUACAUAAGAGCCUAGAACCUGU